UCAUAAUAUUCUUUUAAACAAUGAUUAGAUAUUUGAUAGUUUUUUCUUGUGUCUGCUUCCUAAUUAAAGAAUCGAAAAGUGAAGAAUUAGGAUACUGCGCUCCAUAUAAUGGAAAAAUAUGUAAAUCACAUAUAAGUGGAGUGCAAGUUUGGUAUCCAUCAACAAGGUCUGGUGGAUGGGAAAAUGAAGAAAUUACAACCGGAUUGUUUGCUGAAUUAAUAGCCGAACUAGAACCACUUUGCGAGCAGCCAGCACAGAAAUUGCUUUGUGCUUACGCAUUUCCUAAAUGUAAAAUUGUCGAUGAAAAAGUUACUAAGCUUCCACUUUGCUAUGAAGAUUGCAUUGCUGCCGAAAAAUUGUAUUGUUACAAUGAUUGGGUGCUAAUUGAACAAAACAAAGAAAGAGGAAAAUACUUAAAAAAUCGAGGUCACUUCAGACUGCCAAAUUGCGAAGAUUUGCCCAGAUUUAAUCGAUCUUCUAAAAUUCCAUCAUGCUCAUAUGUUGGCUUAACUGAAAUGAAUCAAGCUGAAAUUUCUUACGACUGUCGUGUUGGAAAUGGGAAGCAUUAUCUUGGCACAGUCAAUGUGACUGAGACAGGAAUUCCUUGCCAAAGAUGGACAUCUCAAUCACCUCAUCAUCAUUACACUCCGCCUCUUGUUUUUCCUGAGUUAGACGAUGCUGAAAACUUCUGUCGUAACGCUGGUGGACAAGAACCACAGCCCUGGUGUUAUACAACUGAUAAGCAUGUUCGUUGGCAACGUUGUGAUAUUCCACUUUGUCCUAACUCAACUGACAAAAUUGCAACGUUAGCUGUGAACACGACUAACUUGGAAAUGGAAGCCGUUUUCACUCCAACAUUGAUCUUCAUUCUUGGCUCCAUCGGAUUGGUGGCAAUUCUUAUAAUCAACGUUUGUGUUCUUCUCAUUUACCGCAUUUCUCAUUAUAACAAAAGAAGUUAUCCAACAACUGGCUUUACUGAUAUUGUGGAACAAAAUAAUGUUGACAUUAACAAGUUGCCAGCUAAUUCGAAUUAUCAUCAAACUUCUGCUAAAUUGAAUCCCAAAUUGGAGAAACUUGAAUAUCCUCGAAAUGAUAUAAUUUAUAUUAAAGAUCUUGGACAAGGAGCAUUCGGUCGAGUGUUUCAAGGAAAGGCACCGCGUUUAAUUCCCGGUGAAGAAUUCACUUUAGUCGCUGUUAAAAUGUUGAAGGACGAAGCAAGUCAAGAUAUGCAAUCGGAUUUUGAGCGUGAAGCGUGUUUACUUGCAGAAUUUGACCAUCCGAACAUUGUGAAGCUUCUUGGUGUCUGUGCAAUUGGUCGUCCAAUGUGCUUGCUUUUUGAAUUCAUGGGACGUGGUGAUCUUAAUGAAUUUUUGCGAUCAUGCUCGCCAGCAUUACAAACAGCAAGUCAACAAAAAACUGAUGGUUUUCGACGUGAACUAACUCAUCGAGAUUUGUUAGGAAUCGCUCGUCAAAUUGCAAAUGGAAUGGUUUAUUUAUCGGAGAGAAAGUUUGUGCAUCGAGAUUUGGCAACGAGAAAUUGUUUAAUCAAUGAAGACAUGGUCGUAAAAAUUGCUGACUUUGGAUUGUCGCAUAAGAUUUACCUUCAAGACUACUACAAAGGUGAUGAAAAUGAUGCAAUUCCCAUUCGUUGGAUGCCACUUGAAAGCAUCUUGUAUAACAAAUACACAAUCGAGUCUGACAUUUGGGCUUUCGGCGUUUGUUUAUGGGAAAUAUUUUCGUUUGCUAUUCAACCUUAUUUUGGGAUGACACAUGAAGAGGUUGUAAAGUAUGUGAAAGACGGAAAUGUAUUGAGUUGUCCCGAAAAUACUCCACUCGUCCUCUAUAAUCUGAUGACACAAUGUUGGAAUCCAAAGCCUAAUGAACGACCUGCUUUCAUGUAUAUUCAGCAAACAUUGCAUCAAAUUUGUGUUGAUUAUGAUACACGAAGAGGCCAUUGAAACAUUUAAUUAAGACAACUUUUAAUAAGACUAUUUACUAACUCCAUUUUUACCUUUACCAAAUAUUAUUUGAUCUCAAACAAUAAGCAUAGAAAAAAAAGUUCUGAAAUGAAAACAUACCAAAAUAUCUACCUAAUGAGUCUGCCAUAACUUAAGAAAGUAAAAAAACAUUUGCGAAAGUUUUUACUGCCAUAUUAAGCUUAGAUUUUGAGUUUACUUUAGCAUAUUUAAGUUGACAUCGAGUUUGAAGAGUUUUUCGAAAUUAAUAUUAGAAAGAUUUUUAGGAAGUGUUUGGAUUGAUCGACGGUUGAAACUUUGUUGAUUGGCAAUCGAAAGAAUGUUGGAUCGUAGCUAACACUUUUUAGUUUUCUAUGUUUUUCAUAGAGUUGAAUGAUUCUGAGAUUAUAGUUACAUAAAAGAGUGUGUUAGUAAUGUUAAGACAAUUUUGAUAAUCAUAUAAUCAAACAUAACUUUGGACUAAGUAUUGCGUACUAAUUAAGAAAAUAAAUUGCAUUUCUAAUAAAAAUCACUAAAGUAACAAAAUUAUCAAAAAUAUUUCGCACUGAUAAAUGCUUCGUUUGAGUUCACGCUUUUCAAUUAAGAAGUUUUUGAUGAAAAUACUCUCAUUAACAUUUCACUGAUGCAUAUUAAAGAAAAAACAGAAGAAAAACUUUGAAAAUUUGUCAUAUUUUUGUAUACCG